AUGGAUUCGCUGGCAUUAUUUAUUCCAAUGUCUUUGAUUUCGGCCUUUCGGCCGCCAUCUGCUCGCAUAUCGUCUCUCCGCCACCGACCAGACAGGAGUCAUCGUCGAGCUCGACAAUCCAAUCUCCCGGAGCACGAUGACGACCCAGAUCCCGAUGCCCACUCGAUCAUCACGCCCUCCAAGCACACUCCCCGGCCAUUUCGCGUCCUGCGCGGAAGUGUCGCCGCUGGCGGACCGCUUCGCCCCUUCAGACUCCUGAAGCAGGAUAUCGUCAACCUGCGGAGGCGAUAUGUCUCCGAUUGGACGGUGUUCAACCAGCAGAUCAUCGCCAGUGCUGUCUACGUCUUCUUCACUAAUCUUUUGCCUGGCAUCACGUUUGCCAGUGACCUCUAUGUCUCGACGGGGGCCAAUUGGGGGACGAUUGAAGUUGUGUUUAGCACGGCGAUUUGUGGGAUUAUCUUCUCUUUGUUCUCAAUCCAACCGCUGACUAUCCUCGGCGUGACGGGCCCGUUCUCCGUGCUGGCGGAGAACAUAUAUGCAUUAUGCACCGAGUCAUUCAAGAUUCCAUUUCUUCCUUUCAUGGCCUGGUCGCUCAUUCAUGCGGCGUGGCUCCAUUAUCUGCUCGCGAUAAUUAAUGCUCACGACUGGACGAUGCGUUAUGUGACGACGUUUUCGACGGAAAUCUUUUCUCUUCUGAACAGCGUUAUUUAUUUCCACAAGGCCAUCCAAGAACUCCAAAGAGCACAUGCGAACCUGUCAUUCGCGGCUUUCCUUUACGCCAUAAUCGGCGCAGUUGGCACCAUGCUGCUGGCAAUUUUCCUCUCGACCGCCGAGAGCUGGCGGCCUCUGUUCCACCGGUACAUUCGACUCGGUCUGACCGAGUAUGCGGCGGCAAUCUCGAUCGUCGUGUUCAUUGCCCUGCCCCAUGUCGGCGAGUUGGCCACUCUGGACAAGAUGACGCUCAACGUCAGCACCUCCUUCAGGCCGACGUCCCCGGAUCGACAGACCUUCUUUGUCGAAUUCUGGAAGUUGCCGAUAGGGUGGAUCUUUGCCGCCGUCGUUCCCGGUAUCAUCAUCACCGUGCUUUUCUUUUUCGACCACGAGGUCAGCUCGAUCAUCUGCACAAUCGAUCGCUACGGGACUCGGAAGCCGGGAGGAUUCGCGUGGGACAUUGCUUUGCUGGGCACCACCACUGCGUUAUGCGGGAUCCUGGGGAUUCCACCUGCCAACGGGCUGCUCCCUCAAGCGCCUCUUCAUUCUGAAUCCCUGAUGCACACGGAACGGGAACAACAGACGAUCACUGUCGACGGGGAAGAGAAGACCGAGGAACGCGAGGUCAGGCGUGUCUAUGAGCAGCGAUGGUCCGCGUUGCUGCAUGCGGGCGGAAUCAUGCUUUUUGUCAGUCCACCAUUCAUGAAAGUUCUCGGCUUGACUCCGACGAGCGUCCUUGCUGGGUUGUUCCUUUUUAUGGGGGAGCAGAGCCUGUCUGUAAAUCCGAUUCUGUAUAGAUUUUUCUAUCUUCUUACGCCUCCAUCGGAAUUACCUCCUCUUCCUGCUUCUCUAGGAAAACGUGUUGCUGAGCCAGGCGCUCACGAUGAUUCCCCGCCUGAGAGACCGUCCUACCUGCCGAUCCAUCUGUACACCAUUCUGCAGAUCGUCCUCACGACAGCCAUCUUCAUUCUCACCCUCAGCCGUGCCGCACCGGCCUUCCCGGUCCUGAUCGUCGCCCUUGUGCCGUUUCGUCUGCUGGUUAUGAAGCGCUGGUGGCCGCGGGACGUGCUCAGGUUUGUCGACGCGUGGGCCUGCCGGGAGGGGACGCCUGAGGAUGAAGUAGAUGAGAGGGCGAGAAGAGGUGCGGACGAGGCGAUGGUCACUCCUGACGCGGCAGGGAAAGAGACUGGCACACCUGCUCCGGCAAAGGGAUUUGGUGCCGCGUCUGGGAGUACUACACCGACUCCAACGCUGGAGGUCGAUUGGCAGAUGCCAGAGACGACAGCAGCAACAACUAAUCAUAACAACACUGGGGACUGGAUCGAGCUCGAUCCCCGCGAACCGAGGCUGCGGGAUGAGGAGACGGGUAAUGCAUGA